AAAUAUUGGCAUCAUUAGCGUAUUAGAACUCGGUUGAAAAUGACUGAAGUAGACCAGGCGCACGAUAUAGAAAUUCGCGUAAUAAAACCGAGUGAGUGCGAUGAGGUGCUUAAAUUCCUCCGAAUACAUUUCUACCCAGAUGAACCGUUGAAUAUUGGCAAACAGCAAGAUCCGGAAGAUGAAGAAUUCGCUAUAUCACAAAUAGAGCAUGGAACCAGUUUAAUAGCAGUGCAACAACAAAUAGUUAAUGGUGUCACAAGCGAACGUAUAGUUGGCGUUUUGAUAUCUAGUCCGAAAAGUAGUAAUGAAGCUGAACAUUUAUUUAAAGAGGCGGACCGUUUCAUUUCGACCAAUUGGGGCACAUUGAUUCGGAUUUUGGCACACGCUGAGCGCGAUUCUAAUGUCUACGAGCGUUAUAAUGUUGAGAGAGCGUUGCAUAUACAUGCUUCCGGGGUGGAUAGAAGUUUCCGUGGACGUGGGAUUGGAACGAAACUCAAAGAGAAAUUGAAAGACUUAGCCCGUGAGCUCAACUACCCACUGAUGACUACGGACUGCACCAGCUUUUAUUCGGCACAAUUAUCUGAACGCAUGGGUAUGGAGUGUGUGAAUGUCAUUAAGUAUACUGAUUAUCUAGAUGAGGAGGGUAAGGUGGUGUUUAAGCCGCCAAUGCCACAUGAAUAUCUGAAAACGUAUGCCAUGAGGCUGUAAAUGUUCGGGCAUACCUACUACACCAUAAAUAUUUCGUACUUAUCAUAGGAAAAAUUGUAUAAUAUAUCUGACUUAGUGUAUUAGGCUCCAAAUUGUGAUAAAACCAUUGAGAGAAAAAUAAAUUUUUUACCAUUGAAUAAAAAAAAAUAAUUGUU